AUGACAACUGUUCUCUUGUUGCCCCCUGCCCAUAUGAACGACCCGGUUCUUGGUCUGGGGGCGGCACCUUCCAAGAGGCUAAGAAGCUGCUCUGACUGCGGACGGCGACCUGUCUUCGGUCCCGUGGGAGGGGCUGCCGUUCACUGCUCCCUGCAUCGGCAUCGGGAGGACAUAGAUCUGAUCAACCCCAAGUGCCAGUACUCCUCAGGCUGUUCUAAGAAUGCAGUCUUCGGCGGGUCGGAUACAGGCUGGAAGAGAAUGUUCUGCUCUGAGCACAGCUGUCUCCACCACGACAAUCUAGCCAAGAAGAGGAAAUCUGAGCAGCAAGGUUAUCCAGCGUUCGACCUUUUCAACCAAGCAGAAGCACAUCCGAAAAUCAGGAGGAGGAGAUUGCGGAGAGCUGCUUUCAAGCCUGAGUUUCAACUGAUGUCGAACUACCCGGCUGUUCGGAAGUCGACGACGCCUAUCAACGUCAAACUGCUUCCUGAGAGGAUGGUCAAUGACUCGCAGAAAAAUUUCAUGAGCCCCGUGCAAGAAGCUCUUGAUCUCACGUUGAAUCUCAAGUCGUACCCGCCGCUGAACAGGACGCACGGAAGCUGCAUUGUUUGCCUUGACAGGAGCAUAUGCUGGGGAGCAGCAGUGGAAGAUAGGCUGUGGAGAUACUUCUUGUGCAGAAGCUGCAAGAACCUCACCAAUUCAACUUGUGUGCUGUUGAGCAAGAAAUGCGAGUCUUGCAGUCGAUAUGGAAACUGGGCAUCCAAGGAAAAGGGCAGGAAAAGGGGCAGGCCGAUGUUCUGCCGCCUCCACAAGGACCCUAAACACGUGUCGGUCUCGCAUCAACGACAUUUCUGCACCCAGCCUGGCUGCAGGAACCGAGCUUGUUUUGGGACAAUCGUGCAAGGUGCUCCGAAUCGACAGCAUUGCUCCUUGCACAGACUGCCGGAGGAGAAGGACCUUGUCCACAGAACGUGCGAAGGAGACGACGGGACUUGCUCCAAGUUUCCAGUCUUCGGGGAUCCCACCGAGAGAAUACCGCGAUGGUGCAGGGCCCAUCGGAAAGAGGGGGUGCAUGUGGACGUGAAGCACUUUCGUUGUGAGUUCAAGGGUUGCCGCCGUCACCCGAUCUACACCAGGGCGAACAAGACGAGGCCCUCGAUCUGCAGCGAGCACAAGGAGGAGGUGGAGGGGCAGACGAUGGUGGUGGAGAAGGGGAUGAAGCAAGAAUCGAACAGAAGCUCCGAGAGCCUUUCAGAGCCCAGCCAGACCGCCGGCUAUGCUCCGCCAGACCCCACGAAGCCGAAGAGGCUGGUGAAACAUGACGACGACGACGACGAUGAUGAUGAGUCCGAUAUUCCAGAUGAUGUCAGCUUCGGGUGGCAAGAGCAAGCCUUUCUGAACGCAAGCUCGGCCUUGCCUCCCCAUCAGCACAACUUGUCGUAUGAGAUUUCUGUGAGGAGCGCCGACAUGAUACAGACAGAAGUUUCUGUCCACCACAGCUCCAAGACUUCCAUCUCGUCUUGUCAUACUGACAACAUCAUGGCAGCAGCAAACAUGCUCAUCUCGUCCAUGCAGAAGACGUUCGCUGCUGGCCUGUCUGGCGGCGCGAAGGCUGCCGACUCGUCCGAUGCUCAGCCCAGCGACGCAGAAAUGUAA